AAAUGGAGAAAAAGGAUACAUGCAACAUCAGACUAUGAGUUAGAGUCGUAUUCCAAACAAGUAAAGAGGUGCGUUGAAAUAGCUUUAAGUUGCUUGGAGGCUGAUCGAAGCAACAGGCCAAGUAUAGGGGAUAUUAUCCGUAAGCUGAAUGAGACAGAGGCUAUGCAUCAAAUUGACAGUGGAUUUACAUAUGACAAAGGGUUGUCAUUUUCAUCUAUAAACCAGAGCCCUCGGUUGAAGAUGACAACGAGCGCCAAGUGCAGGGUGCUCACAUCGAGAUCACUACGGAUUGCCAACAAUCAGCCCCAGUACUGGAAAUGGAUUCCUGCUCCAGAUUCGACUUCCAGGUUUGCCGAAUGUGCGGAGCUCCUGAGUGUGUACUUUCUCGCCGUCAUCGGAGAGAUCCCGCCGAGGGACCUCUCCGCCGGCACAAGCUAUGCAGUUUACCUCGUGUACAAGCUGGCGAGAACCACCUAUGGCCUGAGGGGCUCCGUGCAGACAUCGUCACUCAGGCUCCACGGCGAGAGGAUCGUCCCCGGCAGCACCCGCGGGGUCAGCCUCCACCCCGAAGGGCGCGGGUCAGCCAAUGAUGUUACCUACCCCAACGCGAGGGGCGACCGCUGGCUGGAGCUCAGGCUGGCCGAGUUCGAAAACAACGACGAGAUGCUCACAGAGAGGGGGGUGAUCGUGGAUCUCCGUGAGGAGAAUGACAGCGUCCAGAAGAAAGGCCUCAUCAUUGGGGGCAUGGAGUUUAGGAGCAACUAGUUUCAGUGAAAAUACUCAUUUCA